UUGUAUACGUAAUGUUGAAAUGAUCAGUUAAGAGAACAGUGUACAAUUUUAGUUAUGAUGUAAUCAUCUCUCUUGUUUCCACUUGGACAAUACGCAUCGGAGUUGCCGAAACAGUGGGUGGUCAAUUGAUUCGUCUCUCCGUUACGAGGAUGAUGAUGAUGGACAUGGGCAUGUACGGGACCUAUGGCAAACCUGACUCAUAUCCUAACUAUGUGUUCUCGGGUCAAGGAAAUCAUCACCAUCAUCACCAUCACCAGCCUUCAUCCGUCGGCGGUCACGUGUCUGUGCCUCCUUCCCCGGAGGUAGCUCCAACUCAUUACUACCCCCAGACUGCAGUGGCGCCAUAUUCUUCAUCGUCUUCCGAGAGUUUCCUAACCGCCGAUUCGGGCACGUCGUCCAGUACGCCGCCUCAAGGCUUCUACUCUCCGACGGGUGCCGUUCUCCACGAGAACGGCUCCACCACGGCAAUAAUCUCUUCGGAGAAUGGCCUGAGCUACACCAAUCUGGAUUACGCAUCGUCCUCGUCGUAUUCGAACCAACAGCCACACGCAGUAGCCUCGGUGGAUCCGCAUCAAAGUUACCACGUUCAACAGGCUGCUUACCGAGAGGAUCCUCAUCACCAUCAUCAUCACCAUCAUCCACCUGGUGGUAGCAGUCUCCAUCAAACCACGGUACCCCCAACUAGUCAUCCAAGAACGGAACACGAUCAGCAACUCCAUCAUCAAUCCUCUAGUCAUCAUCACCAUCAUCAUCAUCAUCAUCAUCACGAACCCGAUUAUCCGAUAGCGGUCGGCGGGACCUCGAAUUAUCUUCAUCAGCUAUCCUCCUCGGACGAAUCUUUGCAUUAUCAGACGCAGAUUCAGCAAAGCGAGUUCUCCACGCACCCGCCGGGACAUUACAAAGAAGAGAGCUCGGACACGGCUACCUAUCACAUUUUGCAACAGUCCAGUCACCUACAACAUCCCCAUCAGCACGGGCAUCAUCACCAACAGCAGCAUUCGCACGCGCAUCAUUCGCAACAACAGCAGCAGCAGCAGCAACAACAAACACAAGUACCUACGUACAAAUGGAUGCAGGUCAAGAGAAACGUACCCAAGCCAGUCGCGACGAAAUCAAAUCCUAAUGUAAUCGAGUUCGGUGGCAGCGCAGCCGCAGGAUCAAGCUCGUCCGUGUACGGAAGCACCGCCAGCGGAACAGUGAGCUGCAUCGCCGGUUCAUUGGCCGGUAUCGCUGGCAGCUUCAACAAUACAGGCCGCACGAAUUUCACGAAUAAACAGCUCACCGAACUGGAGAAGGAGUUUCACUUCAACAAGUACCUGACGAGAGCGAGGCGCAUCGAGAUCGCUACCGCGCUGCAGCUUAACGAAACGCAGGUGAAGAUCUGGUUCCAGAACAGGCGGAUGAAGCAGAAGAAGCGUAUGAAGGAGGGCCUAAUACCGGCGGAUAGCACGAACGUGACGCCUCUGAGCGGUGCCAGGAGCAGCAGCAAUUCCCCGACGGGCUCGUCCAGCCACGAAAUCGGCGGUCUCGGCUUGACCAGCUUCCCCAGCGACAACAGUAGGGAAUCACCCCCAUCUUCCAAGGAUUGACGCGACUUUUGCUGCAGUAACGAACGGCACUACGGUCUAUGAUUCGACGAACUGUUAGAGCUCGGUGAUUUAUCGGAGCCAGAAGUUUAAUAAGAAUCAUGAGAAUUACUGCAGCCACAAGUCACUUUUCAAUUCACUAUUUCAGGCUGUAUCAUAAAAAUGUAAUAUGAAGGAGUUAAGACAAGUAAUGUCAUUCUGUAUCCUGAAAGUAGAGGUAUGUGAUAUAUGAAUAUACGGGACAUAUCUAUCUUCCCGUUUCUAAAUUAUAGAAUAUGACAUUGAUUGUGCUCUAAUUCCGUUUAUAUUGUACGAAUCAUCCGGAUUCAGAAGUGGCAAAGGAAAAUUACGGCCACAAAAGAGAUAUUAAUACAGUUUCAUGUUAUAAUGUUGCAUUCCGAAUCGUCUUUUCGUCCUGACUUUCACUAUUUUUAAUUAGUACAUUAAAGACAGAUUGUACAUUAAUUUUGCGUAUUAUUUA